AUGAUAGCGGCCAUUGAAUAUGCAUCAGAUGCAUCUCUCCAAGCCACCAGGUUUGCCUCCAAGGCUAUGGCAUCCAGCGUCACGGGACGGCGUAUGCUUUGGCUGAAGCAUUGGCGUGCUGACGUCAAAUCAAAGUGGCGCCUGUCAUCGGCCCCAUACCAAGGAGGCAAACUGUUUGGUGGGGCAUUGGAACCGUACCUUACUGAAAAUAAGGACAAGCGCAAGGUCCUCAACCACAUUCUGAACAAGUCGGAGAAACGUAAGACCUUUUAUCCCCGCAAACAGUCCUUUCGGUCUAACAACAGGGUAAGCGGCCCUUUCGGGGGAGCGGCCGUCCAUUCCGGCGCUCCAAGUGACUCCCUGACGGUCAUUCCCAUAGGGGGCAGACUAUCUCUCUUUGCCCACCAAUGGGAAGCUACCAGCACGGACUCAUGGGUGCUCAACACCAUACGCAACGGCCUCUAUUUGGAGUUCAUCUCCGAUCCCCUGACUCACUUUGUCUCUUGCCCUUACCCUCGAAAUCGAAUAAAGAGGAAGCUGAUGGGCGACGCCGUCCAACACCUUCUGGACAUACAGGCCAUAGAACCGAAUCAGAAGAGUGACUUAAUUUCAGGGACCCAAGAAAGUGGAAAUCUCACAAAGACUGAAAGUACAGAAGUAUCUGAAUAUGAAACACUGAUGUUACAAGUCCAAGAUCAUUCAUGUCAGUCCAUCCCUAAACAUCUAACAGUGGAAGAAUUGUUUGGAACUUCAUUACCAAAGGAAAACUCCACAGCUCCCAUUUCCAAUCCAGAGAGGAUAGAGAAAACUGAUACCUCAUGCAGAGAACACAAUUUGCUUUUACCCUUUUCAUUUGAACAAUCAACAGUAAUCCAUCAGCCUCUGGGGAAGCUAGACGCUUCAAGCCUCAAAAAUAACUCUGUGACUUUAUUACCACAGGAAUGUGUACCAUAUGUACUAACUUCAUCACCUUCAGUUUUACAACCUGAAGUAAAUAAAGUUCCAAACUAUAAUGUACAUUUAAGUCCUAUCCUUAAUUCGACUUUGGCAACAGAAGCACCUUGUGGUCCAGUGCUGCAGAAUAUCAAUGCAAAUAAUAAUGUAACGCAAGUCAUGCAGCAGACUACCAAGCAAAUACCUUCACUUGUGAAUCAGCCAUUGUGCGAUAUGAACCACAGUACACAAAAUGUAAGUUCUGGUCAAAACCAAUUCCUAACAUCAAUGACUUUGCCAAAUACAGGAGAUGCUUCAAACACAUCACUUCCCAGUGUAGAUCUUCUUCAAAAGCUCAGGUUGACACCACAACAUGACCAAAUGCAGCAAUCUCUUAUUAAACCCCAAGUAGCACCAAAUGCUUCUUCUGCUAUUAGCCAACUGGCCACACCAGAUUGUUUCAAGGAAUCCCACAUCAAGCAACAGGCUUUGACUGGUAAAGUCAUUCAUCCCUAUCAGGUUACACAGCAAAAUAAGGAGCCUGAAACAUUUCCAAAUCCUAAGGUGUUGUCAAAAGCAAACCAGGUUGCUUCUACACAGUUUGCUACCACAGCAACUACAGUUGCACCUUCUGUCCUCCUUUCACCUAGUGUGUUUGAACAGUCCACUAUGAAAUCCUCUGAAAUUGAAAACAAAGUUGGCUCACCUUCUCCUGUGACACUUGGUACAGAUGUUCAGACAUUACCUUCAGCGGUACUCAGUAGAUCUCAACUUCAGCAAACUUUGAUACAUCUAAUAAAGAAUGAUGCAAAUUUUCUUAAUACUCUACAUGAAGUCUAUUUACAAGUCUUGACCAAGGAUACUGACAGCAUCAAGCUAUAACUGCAAUGAAUUGAAUCCUACUGACCACCUAUCUGCUUCAGAAACAUGCCUCUUCUGUACAACUCUUAUAUUUUAAAAACUUUUUUUUGAGUUCGUGAAGUCUUUUUAAGCCUCCAAGGAAUACUGUUCCUUAGAAAUAUUGUAUAAAUAAUGUUCUAAGAAAUGGUGUGGUUUCACUGUGACCAGUUACCAGCAGGAUUUUAUUUCUGUAUGGGAAAUACGGUCUUAUGUUUAACAGCACAUUUUUCGUAUUGUUUUAAG